AUGGCCAAGUCACACCUGCUGCCAUGGCUGCUGCUGCUGCCCACACUCUGUGGUCCAGGCACUGCUGCUGGGACCACCUACUCCCUGGCCUGUGCCGAGGGCCCUGAGUUCUGGUGCCAAAGUCUGGAGCAAGCAUUGCAGUGCAGAGCCCUAGGGCACUGCCUGCAGGAAGUCUGGGGACAUGUGGAAGCCGAUGACCUGUGCCAGGAAUGUGAGGACAUCUCCCGCAUCCUCACCAAGAUGGCCAAGGAGGCCAUUUUCCAGGACUCAGUGCGCAGAUUCCUGGAGCAGGAGUGCAACGUCCUUCCGCUGAAACUCCUGGUGCCCCAGUGUCGUCACCUGCUGGACACCUACUUCCCUCUGAUCAUUGACCACUUCCAGAGCCAGAUGAACCCGAAGUUCAUCUGUCAGCACGUGGGCCUAUGCAAGCCCAGGCAACCAGAGCCGGGGCAGGGGCCAGAGCCAUGGGGCCGUCUGCAGGACAUGCUGGUCCUCCCCCUGCUGCCAGGGGUCCCCCAGGCCAAGCCUGGGCCUCAGACACAGGACCUAUCCGAGCAGCGGUUCCCCAUCCCCCUCCCCUUCUGCUGGCUCUGCCGGACUCUGAUUAAACGGAUCCAAGCUGUGAUUCCCAAGGGUGUACUGGCCAUGACUGUGGCCCAGGUGUGCCACGUGGUACCCCUGCUGGUGGGCGGCAUCUGCCAGUGUCUGGUUGAGCGCUACUCUGUCAUCCUCCUGGACACACUGCUAGGCCGCAUGCUGCCCCAGCUGGUCUGCGGCGUUGUCCUCCGGUGCUCCAGCGAGGACAGCGCUGGCCCAGCCCUCCCUGCCCUGGGGUCCCUGCCUGGAGAAUGGCUACCACAAGACUCUGAGUGCCAGCUCUGUGUGUUUGUGACCACCCAGGCAGGGAACAGCAGUGAGCAGGCCAUGCCACAGGCAAUGCGCCAGGCCUGCCUGGGCACCUGGCUGGACAAGCAAAAGUGUGAGCAGUUUGUGGAGGAGCACGCGCCCCGGCUGCAGACUCUGGUGUCCAGCGGCUGGGAUGCCCACAGGGCCUGCCAGGCCCUGGGGACAUGUGCGACUCCGUUCAGUCCUCUCCAGUGUUUCUACAGCCCCCACUUCUGA